CGACUACCCGGAAGGUCCACUUGCAAUGAACGCUACUCGAGUGGCUAAACUUUGGGAUACAUAGUAUGACAUAUGAACCUUGGUUAGGGCUACGAGGGAUAGGGAGGAAGAGAGCGAGGAGGGUGGACAGAUGCUCCGUAGGUCUUGACUGGUGGUACCUUUUUCACAUUGCUUGGAUCUGUAAUCCGUGCGAUUGUAUGCAAUGUUAGGGGUUAGCGGCUCAGGGGACUCACGCCUGGAGCCAAGGAAACCGGUGUCUCUCUCCCUCGCAUAGUAUAAGAGACCCCUGCAUCCCCGAAUAGCCGUCCAGCUGGACGAGUUCUUGCCACCACUUCAAGUUCUGAACUCAAGGACCUCAUCAUGGAGUUCAAAGCUGGAUCGACUACCCCACCGCCAAAGAAUCUCUACCCCUGCCUCGCUACGAUCAACAUUACUCCCACGCCGGUGGAUCGAUCCCGUCGAUUCUCAGGCGCAAGUCAAGAACCUGAUGAUGGGAAUGCACUUCGAAGAGUCAUAUCUGGGAACAGGCGAAAGACCUCGUUUGGCGAAGCCGUCGUAUCCACCUCGGCUGAUGAGAGGAGGAAGAGUAUCGAAGCGUCCAAAUUGAGUGGCGGUAGUGCCGCAGGUGGCAAGGAUGAAGUCACAGGCAGGUGGUUCUGGAGGGUCCAGGCAGGCACCAACGAUACCCACCUCAUCCUCUUGCCUUUGUCUCAACCUCCCAACCCACUCUUGACCGUUGCGCCUCAACCUCUCUCCCAAGCCAUGCCUGCACACUCGGCAACAGCUUCAAAGGCCAAGACAUCUAUGCCGGGUGGAGCGAACGAGGGACACAAUCGAAAGGCUAACGCCGACGCUGAUGAAUCUCUCACGACCAAGUUCAAGAACUUGUUUAAGAAAGGUUCGCCGAAAUCCGAUCCUCAGGCUCUACCUCAGGACCACGUUGAUACAGAGCCCCCUGGAGCUCACGAUAGCGCUGAAAUCAGUCACGGAGCCAGUGGAACGUGCGACGCAUCGUCAAAUGUCUACUCUAUGACAUCGACAGCUGUGGAUGAUAGAAUUCUCGACCAGAACGGAAGAGGUCAGCAGAUGCCUACGGCCGAGGCAAAUCAACUAGGAGCCACCAACGCCAAUGCCAAUGCGGAGACCGAAUGGCCCGGUAUGAUCAAGGGUGACAGACUCGGCGCGGUCGUAGUGGACCUCAGAAGCGUGGACAAGUCCAAAGUGGUCUUGGGAGGAGGUAAGAAGGGAGAAGGCAGUUGGGUCACCGUGCCUAUCAACUCUCACUUCCUCACCCUUGUUCAUCCUAUGCUUGAACCGAUUGGCAAGAGUCACCAUGAUUUCCCUAAAUCCGGAUCGAUCAGGUUCGACUUUGACAAGGACUGGAUAGGCGCAAAGGGGUAUGUCCGCCUCUGUCAGGGUAGUCAGCUGGGACAAAACUGACUCCCGACCCAACAGAGAGGCAGAGCUGCUUCAUCACUACCUCAUGAUUACCCUGGAGAGUCUGCCAGCAGAAGGUGUCGGACGAGGAACGCCACAUGCGGCGGCAUUCCAGCUUGGACAGAACGAUCAUUCAAGUGUCGCGCCAGGUGAAGUCGGGGCUAGAGGCCAAAUGGAUGCCCAAUCUUCAGACUUGGAUGGCUCUUCGACUGGAAACAGACUGCCAACUGCGAAUAUCGAGCUCGGUAGAGAAAUACCAACUACUCGUUGAUUGCUCCUGCUCAAGCUUUGAAGUAUAUUUCGAGUCUCAAUUCCCUGUGUCGGCCAGUUUUACGCCUGCUUUUCCAGCCUCUCGCGAUAGUGAAGCAGGAACAACGAAGGAAAAGAAUGUAUUUCUCGUCUGUGCAGCAGCCAGAGUAUGUAUCUAUGCAAGAUCUGAGUGACAUUGAUUGCAGAUGCAAAUAUGAGAU